UUGGGGUGGAGAGUGGGGGGGUAGUAGGGUUACGGCUCAACUUACCCCACUCAAUAGGAGACCACUUUUUUUGGCAUGCUAUAUUAUCAAGACAGUUAUGUUUACACUCAUUCUGUUGGUUUGCAGGGAUGCACAACAUCUUGAAAUAUGCAGAUACACUAGUUAGAGACAAAACUAAGAUUGCCUUGAUGUAGUGAUCGAAAAAAUAUGAAAAAUGGCUCAUCUUACCCCACUCUCCUCUAUGUUAUGAAGCUGUUGGUUGUUUCUGUCGUCUCUUCGUGGUUGCCUCUUGGUUGCGCUAUUUCACUCUUUUACGCUGAAGAAAACAAUAGUGCUGGCUAGUGCUGGAUAAAGAUACAGUACUUGCUCUCUCCCGGUCUAGACAUCACAUCAUUAGCCAAGUCAGCUAGUUAGCUGUUUAUUUUGUGUCAAAAUGUCAACCACGACCGGCGGCGGAGAGUUCGGGAACCCUCUCCGAAAGUUCAAGCUUGUGUUUCUCGGCGAACAGAGUGGUAAGCAGAGAGCAGUUCACUUCAAACCAAGAGCUAAUUUGUUCGGAUGUUGGGAACAUGUCAGAAGAAGUGGCUAAGAUUGAACUAGCUUCUCCUGGUAGUUUCCUGCUGGCUAGCAUGAUAAAAGUUACCCACCUGAUAUCCACAGACAGUGAUGAAGCGAAAUGUUAUGUUAAUAUAUAGGCUUCAACAUGUUGUGAAAGAAUGUGUCUUAAUAUAACAACAAUUAAUUCAUUCGUGUAAUGAUGUCAUUGCAUAGCUUCCAACGUUAAACCGCUAAGCUAGCAAAACAUCUCAUCUGGUAACGAUAAACGUCAAACAGAGGUAGAGUUACCGUUUGACAUCAUGUACUGAUGUAAUUUAUCCCAAGAGAGGUUUACUGGUGAUUAGCGUUUGUUCCACCCGAGGUUCACCAGUUUGGGGUUCACCAGCAUCAUCUCACUACAGUGAACCCGUAGCUAACGGUUACGUUAGCCGGUUCAAGCUAGGUAUGCAGUCACUACAGCUAAUGCUAACAUACACAACGUUAUUGAGAUUCGGCUCUCAGGAGCUUGACGAAACCUUGCUCUAAAACCUUAUCGUGUUCGUCUCAGACUAUUUAGUUUAUCUUCUUUAGUCAUUGUUAGUUAGCGCUUUCCACUCACAGGCUUCACAAAGCAGCGAGCUUGCGGAGCCACGUCGGCUCAUGGGAAGGGUUAACGCUUUCACUUGUCGGCCUUUUCCGACCAUGGAAUAUCAGAUUCUGUCACCUAGGAUGGUAUUUUGUAGCACAACUGUUAUUCAAACGUGAUUGUCGUGUGACUACUUAUUUUCCCCGAUCACGAAGAAAAUAUGAGAAGUUGGGCCAAUUUUUUCAUUUUUCCAAAUUUCGUGGCUCCACCCAGACUGCCAGCUCAGCGUGUGGGUUCAGCAGUCCACAUUGCAUCAAUGAUAGGAUGCGUUUUACUCAUCAUGUCCUGUCACGAACCAUACUGGUUUAUUCUACAGCGAUGCAACAGUGAUAAUGAAUAUAAUAUGAUGGAUUUAGUUGAUGUUUAGCUAGGGUUUGUAUUGUUGAGUGAAAUAAACACUCACCCGUGCCACAACAGUGUAAACACAUAGGAAAUCUAAUGCAAACAUACAAUAGCUCUACCAUCAGUUCUCAGGAAACGUCUAGAUUUGUAGAUUUUCUUGACUUCACAUGACAUCCUCAGAGGUUGCAAUGAACUGGAAUGUGUGAAAGGGAUAUUUCGGUGUAAAAUGAAUUUAGGGUCAAACACACCGUAACACCGAGUUAGACACCCCAUCGAGAGUUGAAUGUUGCCGACCCCUUGCUUCUCGAGUUUUACCAACUUUAGUAACGACCGCACGAUAGCAAUACACAGCGAUAAACAAACCUCAACCAAAAUGCCACUUUAAAGCCACAAAUAAUGCAGCAGUGUGUAAUGGACUGGCCUGAAGCGGCUGCUGGAAGAGAGUAAGUGAGUUGUGUUUAGUCUCUUUGCUAAAGAAAUUAGGCAAAACUAAAAAGAUGGACCCGAUAUGUACUGUUGAUUAAGUUAGGUUCUGUUUUGAGCAUUAUUUGUGGCUAUAGGGUGGCGUUAUGGUUGAGGAUUUGUUUUUAGCUCCUCAGACCGCUGUGUAUUGCGAUCGUGCGGUCGUUACUAAAGUUGGUAUAACUAGGGAAUUUUACGCUGGAAUAUCCCUGUAAAUUGGAAGGCGAAAAUGUAGACGCUUUGUGUAAGUAGUGAUAGUUUAUGGCAGGUGAUGUGAUGUUAAAUUACUUUUUUGUGUUUGUUUUUGCAGUUGGAAAGACCUCACUCAUUACCAGGUUUAUGUACGACAGUUUUGACAACACCUAUCAGGUAAUCACUACUAAACAAUAAGGAAUCGAUGCGUUUUUAAUGGCUAGUGUCUUGAGUCAAUGUUGAUGUUUUUUUUUUCUUUUUUACAGGCAACAAUUGGCAUUGACUUUUUAUCAAAAACCAUGUACCUUGAGGAUCGCACGGUAGGCUUUUGAUAUAUCUCUGUAAUCCUCAUCAUUUCUUUAGAUGUAGAUCAUAGCUGUUGGAAAAAUUAAAAGCAUGCAUGUGCUUUGAACAUAGAAACCACCAUUUAUUCCCCUCUCACCAUUUUAUAUUGUUUUUAUAUUCUUCUACAUUUUUCUGUCCAUUAUGUUAGCCUUGUGAUCAUAUUGUUAUUAGAUCCCAUCAUUAUUUCAAGUUUUUGUUUUCCUUCCAUGCCCUGGCUGGGUCAUGAAAUGCCCCACUCCGCACCCUCAUUCAUUCAUAUCACGGCCGGCCACAGAUUCGGCUGCAGCUCUGGGAUACAGCAGGACAGGAACGUUUCCGCAGCCUCAUCCCCAGUUACAUCCGCGACUCAGCUGCUGCUGUGGUGGUUUAUGACAUAGCCAGUAGGUAUCAUGGCCUUGCCUCAACUCCUUGUCCUUCCCUCAGCUUGCGGAAGGGCUACAAAGAAGAAUAUUUACUAGCAUUGCAAACACCACUUGACAGCAUGAUAAUCCAGACUCUUUGCAUCAGCCAUGCGGUCCUAAAGCAUCUUUUUAGUUGUGUCCAGGAGCUCUUUGCUUCCUAAAUGCUAUAGCAUAGGAGGCUAUCAGAAGAAAAUGCAGGAAAGUAUCUUUAAAUGGGAGUUCGUAGGAAGAGAUUCUCUGAAGCAGCAGAAGAAAAUGACUCAGCAGGGCCUUCUUUUACGUUUCCUUUUUUUGCAUGCUGGCCACUUCUCCAUAAAACACCAUUUUCAUCUCUGCUGCUUGGCUUGCAUUUCUCUUAUGUCUGUCCUUUUUCUUCACUGUCUUGAUUCAAACUUUCCCUCUUUUAUCUCUUUGUCCUUUUCCUCUCCUUCGCUCCAUCCUCAGGUCCGGCUCCAGCUUUGGGACACUGCUGGACAGGAGCGUUUUCGUAGCCUAAUUCCCAGCUACAUCCGUGACUCUACCAUUGCCGUGGUUGUUUAUGACAUCACCAGUGAGUCAGGGCUGUAAUCUAAAACUUUAGAAGGGGUCUAGAGCAAAUACAAUUAAGGAAACUAUCUUGGCUUUGUUGCUUUUUUAAUAUAUAAUUGUGCUAAUAACUUUCAGUAUCCUUGAAAUAAAUUUUCACUCUUUCAGCUCCUACUCUUAAUACUUUUGCUUACUAACACAACAACUUAUCAUUUGAUACAUGUUAAGCUAACAUACCAAUGUAUGCUGCAUGUUUUACAUUUGUGACUUAUUUUUUUGUGUUUGUUUUUAAUCCACAGAUCUCAAUUCCUUCCAGCAAACAUCAAAAUGGAUUGAUGAUGUUAGAACAGAGAGAGGAAGUGAUGUCAUUAUCAUGCUUGUUGGGAACAAAACAGACUUGGCGGAUAAAAGGUACACAGUUAUGGGAGAUGUGUGAGAUUACAAUGAUGAUAUCUAACAGUGUAUCAAGAGUGAGAGAAAGAUAGACUCAUUGUACGGUUUGACAGGAAUUAGUGAAAUUUAAACAUGAAGCAUGAGGGACUUUAAACUCUGCAAAAGCCUGGAAUCCCCCUUUUCCUCUCCUCAGUGCAUCUCAUCCAAUUUGACUUAUCAUCCCUUGGUAUUUUGCUUUCUCCCGCCUUGUUAUAGAUUACUUCAGCGUUCUUAUUCAUGUGUUUUGAUUUUUUAUGAUUUGACCAUUUUUCUGUUCUUUGCCCCUUUUUUUUUUUGGUUCACGUUUCCUACUCUGUUCUCUCCAUGUCAUUUUGAUUUUUUUUUUUUUGUGUGUGUCUCCCCUCAACAUCACACUCCACUCCACCCUCCCCUCACUCCCCGGGCGACCAUGGCAGGCAAGUUUCUGUUGAGGCGGCAGAGAGGAAAGCUCGAGAGCUCAAUGUGAUGUACAUAGAGACCAGUGCCAAGGCUGGCUAUAACGUCAAACAGGUUGGUGUCCAGCUGCAACAGCAGGCGUAAUACUGACAAAUAGUCCCGACAGGCAUGAGGUCUUUUAGGUCAGGAAGGAUCAACCUGUUCCAUCAGGGAUGUACAGCUUCUCCAUGAAUUCAUUAUACAGAUCAGUGUGGCUGUUGAUUGAAUCAGUGGAGUUUUUUUUCCUGCUGCUUUAUCUUUUCUCAGCACAGCAGCUUCUCUCCCUUUGUCUUCCUGUCUGUCUGUCUGUCUGUCUGUCUGUCUGUCUGUCUGUCUGUCUGUCUGUCUGUCUGUCUGUCUGUGUUAAAACUAAACUAACCUCUCUCCUUUCAUCCCCAAACAUGAUGCUGUGUUGAGCUCUCUUUGUUUCUUUCUCCUCUUCUUUUGACCUUUCGUCUUUGCGAUGUUUCUUUCCAUAUCUGUCCGUUCGUCCAUCCCCCUCUCUGCCCCCUUCUGCUUCUACCUGAGCAGACAGAUCACCACGGAGGAGGGCGAGCAGAGAGCUAAGGAACUGAAUGUCAUGUUCAUUGAAACCAGCGCAAAGACUGGCUACAAUGUCAAACAGGUAGAGACUCUGAUCUCUAAAGGUAGUUGAGCUAAUUCUGCCCUCGUUUUCACUCCGCUUCCUUUUUUCCCCCUCUCUUUUGGCUGAUCACAACAUGUCUUAGCCUUCUCAGCACAUUCUGUUAUCAGUCGUGUUUUUCCUCCCACAGACUUUGCCUUAUGAGUCGUCUCGAUGUGCACAAGAUUACUGCUACUGUGUUUAUUUUUUCCUCAAGUAGUUUUUGUCUGAUUCACGACAAAUUUCAGCUUUUCAAAAAUGUUUCUGUGAAACUAAAAUGGAUUCGCUAAAUGGAGGAGUUGGCACGGCAACCUUUCUAUUUGAAGCUGCUAUCUAAACCAGCAGUUGAAAUCACGUUUAGCAUGACUGCUUUCAAUGCUUGUUGUGUUUGCCUGUCAUACGAUGAUAUAUGUGAUAUUCAGGUGUGAGUUGUUAUGAUUGAGAUCACUGUCUGUCUAUGCUGUGUACAGCCAAUGGGACAGUAAGUGGGGUUAAUAAUUUGACUCUGUUCAGUACAAAUGAAUCAAUCACAUUUUUAUUACAUGGUGUCAUACUGCAUCAACUAUCCUUCAUUAUCUCUUAUUUUGCUGGAUAGCUGCCAGCAGUGAGGCCGGUAAUAUAACUGUAGAGCUGUCACGGACCUAGUGUGUCAUGAUGAUCCUGUUCAAAACUUUAACUUUCAUGCACCAUAUUGUUUAAAAAGAAAAUCAAGAAAUUUCUGUCUGAUUGAUUUGAAUAAAAAUUUUGAUUGACUUCUCAAAAAGCUUUUGGGAUCUUAAUUAGUCAGAAAUGAAAUAUGAUUAGACUUACAUGACCCACCCCUGUCUGACUAUAUUUUACAGUGUAAUUCAUCCUGUAAAGAUCCUCUUGACUGUGUUCAACUCUUAAGCUCCUCUGACUUUGUUUUGCAGCUGUUCCGCCGUGUUGCUGCUGCAUUGCCCGGAAUGGACAGCACACCAGAGAAAAGCAAAGAAGACAGUAUCCUUUCAAUAGCUGCUUUCAUCAAAAACUGCAGCCUUCCCAUCGCUGUUAAUGAAACAGUAACAGGCAAGCUCGAAACAGACAUUUUUACGUUGUGCUUCACUUGGCAGGAAAGGGAAAACGUUGAAGCAAAAACGGCUGUCAGUUACACUUCAGAAAAUACAGAAGUAAUUUUUGCACAAUCAUUCAUGUUUUUUCUUAACCAAGUCCUCCCAGUGAUCGACAUCAAACUGGAGAAACAGCCAGAGAUGACUGUCACCGAGAGCAGCUGCUCAUGCUAGUACACCUCACCCUCACCCAGCCUGUCUCCUCCACACCAACAGCUUGUCUCUCAGUGGCCACUCUCUCCACCCAUGGCACACUGCCACUGGGAUGGAGGACCUGUCUUUUUUUUUUUUGUUGUUGUUUUUUUUUUCCUUCUCAACUCAGUGACUUCUCAGAGUAACCGUGUGGAUGUGCGUUACUGUAUUGAAACAGAUUAUCUGGAGAAAAAAAAAGGUUCAAAAGUAAACAUUUAAAAUGAGGAAUAAUUUAAAAGAUAUGUUCAGAUUUUCAUCCAGUUGCAUGGCAUUAAAUAGGAUUGCAGACUGACAUAGCUAAUCGCUCAUGAGUUAUUGCACAGUUUGGAUUCUUAGUGCUGUUACUCUUGUCCUUGUUGUAAAGUAAUACUGCUUGGAAAUAUUUAAAUGACUCUGCAAGGUUGAGUUUUCUGCCGUUUAUAUUUAACUUUUUAUUUUUUAAUGGAGAGUUUGUCUAGAGCUGUUCUAUCUUGGAUUAUUUCUCGACUUUUUUCUUAUCUGGAGGAUGUAGAGACAGGAUCUAACAUAGCUAACCAUUGUCUUACUACAUCAGGCUAAAUUGGCCAUUGAUACCUUUAAUGUUUAAAUCUAACCUGCUGAAGGCUCCGACUGCCAAAAUACAAGUGUGUUGGUGGUAAGUCCAAAUUUGAAUAAUUUGAGAACGUAUUCAAAUCUGCAAAAGGGAUGUGUAACCAAGUAAUGAGGAAUACACAUCCACAACCAUCAAAGGGAAGCCAUCCCAAGAUUAAUAGAAAGCUAAUCUAAACCUUGCUGUCGGCAUUAAAACUCACAAUCGUCUCUCCAAUUUAGUAAAAUUAGCUGCACGCAUACUAACAUGUCUGAGGAGGAGCUUUCAGUUCUUAGAUACCCCCGGUGUAGGAAAUUUCUCAAAAAGCCAGCGCUUUGUUUUUUCCAAGCUGUUGGAGAGUUGUCACUUUGGUCGCUAUGACCUGUACCCACCAUCUCAUUGAUGAUUUGUGUUGUGUUGAUGACACUAUUGCAACAACAUGCAGCAUGCUCACCAUGCAGGAUUUCUAUGGAUAAGAACACAGAUGCCUUGCUUGUUUGUUCACCAACGUUGUGCACUGAAUCAAGCCACAAUAUUGUAAAAUAUGAAAGAAGCCUGCUGACUGGUUCAUGGCUUCACUUUGUUUUGUAGAGCUGAUAAAGAGUUUGUCCUCAGAUACAGCUUAACGCUUACUAACACCAUGCUGUAAAAAGCGCAGAGAAGUUAGCUGCAGUAUCCUUUGCUGUAUUGCUCUUGCCUGUGUAGGACUAUUGGGUUUAUGUGUUUAUUUAUUUUGUAACUUGGACAUACAAAUAACAUUGUAUGCUUUACCAAAAGUUCAGAAGCUGACACGCAUGUGGAAAGAUUAUUUUAUUUAUUGUUUGCGUGUCUGCUGGGGCUCCACUGAAAGGUGACUUUUAGGCCUGGUGAUGGUUUUUUUCCUGUCUAUUACACUGCUUAAAAUGUAACUUUUUGCAGUGUGUGUAGUUAGUAACUUGGUUUACAUUUGCAGGUAAAGGCUGCACCGUCUGAAGACACACACUCACACAGUGUAACACAAACCAACUAACUAGCCAUAGCACAACAAAAGACACUGAUCAUUUGCUGUAGCUUGUUUGAAAGGUCCACGUUUUGAAAUCUAAGUAUUUAAUUACAUCGAACAACCAUUUCAACGUGAGCAGCUCUUCUAUUACUUGUCACUGACUAAAUACUCAGCUUUGUGCUCUUCUGAAUUGUGUCUGUCCAUUUGAAAUAUGCUGUCUACUCGUGUUUAGCAACGUUUGUGUGAAUAAUGUACUAUUACUAUCUGAUGUAUAAAAAGGAGAGUUAGAGAAACACAAGUGUAGACCUAUCACAUGGAAUAAAAUAAAGAUAUUUCACCACAGUUUAACUGCUGUCA